UUUUUUUUUCUUGCUUGUUUUACUGAGCUUGUUGUGAAUGAAUACUAGAGAGUGUGUACAUGUAGUGGAAGGUCAUGAGUUCAUCCAUCAAUGGGGGUGCUGACGUGGCGUAAAUAAUUGGCUCUUUGAUUUUCCUACCACAAAGUGCUAAAUUAGAGCGGUACGUGUACUCCUCGUUCGGUGAUGUCGUCGGUUCCUAGUUCAUCGAAAAGAUCGAGGGCGGUGCACCGGAGCACGCAGAAUCCGUGCUGCCAGGUGGAAGGAUGCAGCGUUGACCUUAAGUCGGCAAAGGAAUACCACGGCCGGCAUCGAAUCUGCGAAUUCCACUCCAAGAGUCCUAGGGUUGUCGUCGGAGGAUUCGAACGCCGGUUUUGCCAGCAGUGCAGCAAAUUGCAUGAUUUGUCGGAGUUUGACGAUAUGAAGAGAAGCUGCAGAAGGCGCCUCUCCGAUCAUAAUGCUAGGCGGCGUAGGGUGCGUCCCGAGUCGAUUCAACUCACCUCGCGAGGACUUUCUUAUGGAUUAUAUGAUCAAAGACCACAAAACAUACUAAUGAAUGGAUACCCCGGAGGAAUAUUUCAAGAAACGCCGCGUUUUUCUAGUAACGUAAUUCAUAGUAAUUCGAUUUCCAAUCUACACAUGGAUCCACCCCACCCCUCAAAUAUUUCGGGUGUUCUUGACCAAUCUCGUUCUCCGAUUGCUCCGAAUCUUUUAAGUGCUCAUUCUUUUCUGUCAUCAAACUCGUGGAGCUCGAACGAGGCCGGAAAAUCGAUUCCCAUGGGGGGACAAAUUGUGCAUAACAAUCUGUCGAUGUUUCACUCGAACUAUAACAUCAAUCCGGCAGAACAACCCAGUAGUAGUAAUAGUCCCGUUUCUUUGGCGAAUUCAUCGGUUAAUAACUUCGAUCAGCAUCAAGAAUAUCGGUUAUUUAAGGCAUCGCCGUAUGACUCCGGCGCAUUUUAUCCCACCACACAAAGGAAUUUAUGAUUUGAACCAAAUUUUGGAAUCUGUCAAUAAAUUAAAAUCUGUUUUAAUUUUUAUGGUUUGUUUUCUAUAAUUGUUUACCAGUGUUUCAGUUUUGAAAAAACACUUGUUGUAUCUUACUUUGGUUGUUGUGUUGGUGUUGCUAUUUCUUGGACCAAUUAAUUAAGCACUCUAAUGUGUUUUGAUAUUUU